AUGGGGUUUGCUAAGCUCCUGGUAGGAAGCCCCCCACGCCCGUGGCAGUCAGGCCCAAGCGCAGCAGGGGGCCUCGCGGGAGUCGGGAGCGCUGGGGAGGCCGGCAGGACGCAGCGGGACAUUUCCUUCGGGGGCCCAGACAGCGGUCGCGCGGCCCCCGAGUCCCCGCAGAGGAAGCACAAGUGCCACUACGCGGGCUGCGAGAAAGUGUACGGCAAGUCCUCGCACCUGAAGGCGCACCUGCGGACUCACACAGGUGAGCGGCCCUUCGCCUGCAGCUGGCAGGAGUGCAGCAAGAAGUUCGCACGCUCCGACGAGCUGGCGCGCCACUACCGCACGCACACGGGCGAGAAGAAGUUCGGCUGCCCCAUCUGCGAGAAGCGCUUCAUGCGCAGCGACCACCUGACCAAGCACGCCCGCAGGGCUCGCGGGCCGGUUCGCUCAGCGACGCCAGCAGCCCGGCCGCCAGCCCCGCCAGCUCGCCCUGACGCCCGCCGCCCAGGUGACAGCUGAGGCCCAGGAGGUGUGGAGGACUGCCGUGGUGCCGGCCUUUCUCAGGGAUGGACACGCCGUCCCACAGGCGGUGAGGACGCCCUCCCAGCGCUUACUCUGUCCAUGGAUUUGCACUCGGGAGCACCCUGGCCAUGGCACUCGAACUUUGCACCAGAGUCCU